GCUCCGUGCAGGGUCCACACGAGAAGCGGGUGUUGGACAAGCUGCUGUCCGACUACAACGUGCUGGAGCGGCCGGUAGCCAACGAGUCGGAGCCCAUCGUCAUCAGCUUCGGCAUCUCCCUGCAGCAGAUCAUCGACGUGGAUGAAAGAAACCAGAUUCUGACCUCCAAUGUGUGGCUGAACAUGGAGUGGAAUGACGUUAACCUCAGGUGGAACAAGUCCGAGUUCGGGAACGUACAGGACCUGCGAAUACCCCCGCACCGGAUCUGGAAGCCCGACGUACUGCUCUACAACAGUGCCGACGAGAAGUUUGACGGCACGUACCACACAAACGUGGUGGUGAAAAACAACGGCAGCUGUCUGUACGUGCCGCCGGGCAUCUUCAAGUCCACAUGCAAAAUCGACAUCACCUGGUUCCCGUUCGACGACCAGGAGUGCAACCUCAAGUUCGGCUCCUGGACUUACGACGGAUGGCAGCUGGAUCUGAUCCUGCCGUCUGAGGAGGGUGACGCCAGCAGUUUUCUACCCAACGGCGAGUGGACGCUGCUGGGUGUACCGGGGAUUCGAAACGAGCUCACGUAUGCCUGUUGUCCGCAACCGUACAUUGAUAUAACGUACCAGAUACUGAUCCGGCGGCGCACGCUGUACUAUUUCUCCAACCUGAUAGUACCGUGCGUGCUGAUCGCCUCCAUGGCCGUGCUGGGCUUCACGCUGCCGCCCGACAGCGGCGAGAAACUCAGCCUAGGCGUCACAGUGCUUCUCUCCCUGACCGUUUUCCUCAACCAAGUGGCUGCCAAUAUGCCAGAGACCUCAGAGGCGGUGCCGCUGCUAGGCACCUACUUCAACUGCAUCAUGUUCAUGGUGGCGUCGUCGGUGGUGAGCACCGUGCUGAUCCUCAACUACCACCACCGGUGCGGCGAGACGCACGAGAUGGCGCCCUGGGUGCGGAGUCUGUUCCUGCAGUGGAUGCCGUGGCUGCUGCGCAUGUCGCGCCCAGGAGAGAAGAUCACGCGGAAGACAAUCCUGAUGAACAACAAGAUGAAGGAGCUGGAGCUCAAGGAGCGCUCGUCCAAGUCGCUGCUGGCCAACGUGCUCGACAUGGACGAUGAUUUCCGCGGCGCCGGCGGCCUGCCGGGCUCGGGCGCCAGCUGCCUGCGGCUGCCGGCCAGCGACGAGCCAGGCCGCGGCGGCGGCGGCGGCGGCGGCUGCCUGGCCGGCUGCGCGCGCGAGCUGCAGCUCAUACUGAAGGAGCUGCACACCAUCACCGACAAGAUGCGCCGUGACGACGAGCAGAGCGAGGUGACCAGCGACUGGAAGUUCGCCGCCAUGGUGGUGGAUCGCCUGUGUCUCAUAGUGUUCACGCUGUUCACCAUAGUGGCCACGGUGGCCGUGCUGCUCUCGGCGCCGCACAUCAUCGUGCCGUGACGCCGCCGACUGCAGCGCCACCUGCUCAAACGGACUGCGCCCGCAGCGCCACCUGCCGCGGCCCUCGCUGGCCGCCGAGUGCCGCCGACCGGGGCCUGUGCGCGCCCCUCGGGAGGGUGGCGAAUCAGGGACCAUUUUGGUCCCCAGUUUUUAGUGUACAGCUCUUCAGGAGAACUCGUGUGUACUAACUGCUCAGCAUUGCCACUAUUCCUGACUUCCUGAUUACCGAGCAUUGGCUUGAGGGCGAAUGGGCGACUUCUGCGUUUUUAAUAUCUGUCUAGUUAUGCCCAUGCUCACGGAGAGAGUUACACCUAUGCUCACCUAUAUCUCCACAGAUAUUAUUUUAUCGUCCGUCUUCUUUUUCCUUAAAGACAGCCAAUCCGGUUCUACAUUACACCUCCUGUUCGGGGCUGGCGUCUCCUCAGCAAUCACCGGUCGCGGUGACGAGGUCACCUCAAUAUGGAGUAGGUAUAAUACUACAUCUCUCCGGGGUGACCGUUUGAGUGGCUGGAUGACCUGCCCCACCGGGGACGUCUCUGUUACAGCGGGAUGGGCUCAGACGCCGCGGAACACCGGUCUGCUCGACUCAGACCGGUGUCUUAUCUCUCAACUUAGUUCAAGGCCCUUAAAUGGUCCCAACAGACCGAAAACUGAAAAGGGCUUACCCAAUCCAACAAAACACACGGCAUGCGUUAUAUGAUUUUGCGAGUUCAAAGAAACGUCACUUUGCUUUCUCAUGUAAUAAAUGAAACCAUAGUACCUAAUUAACAAACUUAGGUACACAUUUAUGAAGGGAUAUUUAUUUAAGAAGUCCUAUAUUUCAGUCGAUAUUGCUUAUAUCCUAUAGAUCGAUGAAGGCUUCCAGUGAGCGCUGAAGUUUGCUUGUUGUCUUGUUAAGUGCGCCAUAUCGAGCUGCCGUUGCGGCGUAUGAUGACGCAAUAUGAAGCCUCACCUAAUCACUAUGACUAGUCGAUAUCUUAUAUCUUCACAUCUUGUAGCUAGCAAAUAACUAUGAUCUUCCUGAAUUAUGAUCUGCCGUUAGUGUGUUGAUGAGUGUGAGCUCGCCGUGGGUGCGGUGGGCGACUCCUGCAGGUGCCGCCGUGGCCCCCGCUCGCGGUGGGUGCGGCGGGGCUGCACGUGCCGCCCUGGCCCCCGCUCGCGGUGGGUGCGGUGGGUGACGCCUAUGGGUGCCGCCGUGGCCCCCGCUCGCGGUGGGUGCUGCGGGGCUGCAGGUGCCGCCGUGGCCCUCGCUCGCGAUGGGUGCGGUGGGUGACGCCUAUGGGUGCCGCUCUGGCCCCCGCUCGCGGUGGGUGCGGCGGGGCUGCAGGUGCCGCCCUGGCCCCCGCUCGCGGUGGGUGACGCCUAUGGGUGCCGCCGUGGCCCCCGCUCGCGGUGGGUGCUGCGGGGCUGCAGGCGCCGCGUGGCUCUCGACACCAUGUGAUACCGCCCGGUCAGCCGCGCCUCUCACUCUGUUGGCCGGCCGGGGCUGGCAGCGGUGGCCGCCCGGAGCCGCCCGCAUGUCAGUGGCGCCGGCCACGCAUUACCAUAUGUAGAAAGUGAUGCAUCACCAUGGUGUUAUUGCCGAGCCCGCGCGACAUACGUUCAAGCAUGUCUGGCGUAGGUGGCGCGUUGUUUGGUACGGUGGAAGCGGCUGAUCGGUCUGUGGGUCGGCGCGUGAGGCGCGCCGCGUACCAUAUGUUAUUGCUCACUCGAUCUCCGCGACUGAGGAGAGGCGUCUCUGCGACUGAGGGGAGGCGUCUCUGUGACUGAGGGGAGCGUCUCUGCGACUGAGGGGAGGCGUCUCUGCGACUGAGGGGAGGCGUCUCUGCGACUGAGGGGAGGCGUCUCUGUGACCGAAUGAAGACAACUCCGCGACUGAGGGGAGCGUCUCUGUGACUGAGGGGAGGCAGCUCCGCGACUGAGGGGAGGUAGCUCCGAAACUGAGGGGAGACAUCGAAGCAUCGCCAUAGCUUUAAUAGGCUCCCGCGUUGGGAGGAAAUGCGAAGCCCUCGUGUGUAAAUAGUUUGCUUUCUUAAAGCAUUCUUCAUGAUUCGACGAUUGCUCGCUUUGUUGAAUAUUCGUCACGCCGUUUUCAAUACAAAUGACAACAAUGUUA